AUGGGAGGAGUGCCUUGGACACUUGAAGAAACAGCACUGUUGAUCCUCUUCGACAUGUGGGGCUACGAACACAAAAUCAUCUCCCAAUUGUUGACCAAUCGAAGCCCCGUAAUACGACAAGGCAUACAGCACCAGCGAUCAAUAUCAGCCGUCGAUAAUAAACUACAAUUGAUUCGCAAUAAUUCCAACCUUUGGUCGAAAGAAUCCGGGUGGGACUUGGCCAAAGUCACUGAGCAUAUCAGUACCUUCAAGCUAGAUCAUGCCCAACUAAGGCAGCUUUUGACUCUGACCAAAUACGACUGUGAUGGUAUCAUCAAUACUCCGUGA